GCGGCUUUUCCUGUGAGUGGAGCAGUGCGUAGAUAGGUAGAAGUGGCGGCGAUGGAUAUUGCGUCGGCCGCGGCGAUCGUGAAUUCGAUCAACAAGCUCGAGAACAAGGGCAAAGAGACCGUUAAAGUCGUGGUGCGAUGUCGGCCGUUAUUUGGCAAAGAGAUCGUGGAAGGGCGCCAGUCGAUCGUGACCAUGGACUUAGCGGCCGCAGUCGUCUCCAUCAAAUGCCCCGACAGCGACCAGCUCAAGAACUUUACUUUUGACUCCGUGUACGACGAAAACACGGUCCAGCGCCAAUUCUACGACGAGUCUGGCUACCCGUUGGUGGAGAGCAUCUUCGAAGGCUACAACGGAACGAUCUUUGCCUACGGACAGACUGGAUGUGGGAAGACCCAUACGAUGCAGGGCAAGGACAGUCCCCCCGAGUUGCGCGGCGUCAUUCCUCACGCGUUUGACCACGUGUUCGACAACAUUAACGCCGACACUGAAAAAGAGUACAUGGUACGGGCCACGUACUUGGAGAUCUACAACGAAGACAUCCGAGACCUGCUCAGCGACGACUCCAACAAGCAAAAGCUCGAGUUGAAAGAGAGCGGCGACGGCGGCGUAUAUGUCAAAGACUUGACCGAGGUGGUCGUGCGCGACGUGGUCAGUAUCAACAAAGUCAUGGCCCGGGGGUUCAAGAAUAGAACAGUGGGGGCGACGUUGAUGAACGAAGGGUCGUCCCGAUCACACUCGAUUUUUACGAUUGUGGUGGAAGUCAGCGAGAAAGUCAACGGCGAGGACAGGUUCCGUGCAGGAAAGUUGAACUUAGUCGAUUUGGCGGGAAGUGAGCGACAGAGCAAGACGGGGGCCACAGGAGCUCGAUUAAAAGAAGGAUGCAAGAUCAACCUCAGUUUGUCGGCCCUUGGAAAUGUCAUAUCAGCGCUGGUGGAUGGAAAGGGCAAACACAUUCCGUACCGGGACUCCAAGCUCACGAGGUUACUCCAGGAUUCACUGGGAGGCAAUACUAAAACGGUGAUGGUCGCCGCCAUUAGUCCGGCAGACUACAAUUUUGAAGAAACGCUGUCCACCCUUCGCUAUGCAAAUCGAGCCAAGAACAUCAAGAACAAACCCACAGUCAACGAAGACCCAAAGGACGCGAAGUUGAGGGAAUACAAGGCCGAGAUCGAGCUGCUCAAGCAAAUGCUGGCCCAGCAAAAGGGCGGCACCCCGCCAGACUCAGCGUCAAGGCCAUCUCUUGGCAAACAAGGCGCGUCACCUCGGACCCAAGCCAUGACUUUGGAAGAGGAAGCGAAUGAAAUUAUGAAUCGCGUGCCCACUCCGCCCCGCACAACACUAUCACCCAGUGCGGAAGGAGGGGGGAACAGAAGCAGCAGCAGCAUGCACCGAAGCACGACGGAUCGGGAGCGUGAGUUGGAGGCGAAAUCCCAAGAGCUCGAGGAAAAAAUGCAGCGCGAAAAAGAAGAGAUCCAACGGCAAUUCAAGGUCGAACAAGAAUCCAUCGAAAAGGCCAAAGCGGAUGCAGCCGACAUGAUGCACUUGGCUCGUCAAAUGAUGGCGGAGGUGCAACUGGCGUCUGUGUCGUCGACUCCACAAGCAAGUGCGAUGCGAAGAGUGCCCUCCCCUCCAGUGAAAGAGAUACCGGUGGUUGUUCCAGUCGAAAUGGCGGUAUCAUCGCCCACGGAAUCGACGGCUACAUCUGAGGUCAUCAACGAGCUGCCUGUCGCCAGUGGCACGCCCGCUCCGCCGACUCCUGACGACUCUGUCACACCGUGUUCCAACGCUACAGAUGCUCAAGGUGAACCAAGCAAAGAUCUUGAAAAAGAACGUGAAGACAAACGACGUCGCGACGAGCAAGACGAGGCCAGGGAACGAGAACUCCACGCCAUUCGGGAAAAAGAGGUGCAGCGUACCAAAGAAAUGGAAGAAACCAAAGCAAAGGCCGCCGAAAUGAUGCGCAAGGCCGAGCGCAUGAUGGACGAAGCUAUGGCACGCGCCGCGCAACCUCCCAAGGUGAAGAUCGUCAAGGAAGUGGUCGAGGUCGUGCGUGAAGUGGUGCCCGACGACCACAUGAAGGAGAAAGAAGCGUUGAAAGAGAUGAACCAAACGAUAUUGAACCAUCGCGACAAAAUGGCCAAGGAACUUGAGCUCACUCAACUGGCUAUGGAAAGCCACAUGCGCGAAAAGUCUGAAUUGGCUACCAAGCUGGAGAAGAUUGGAUCGCAAAUCUGCGGCACCAAACCAGGCGGCGCCGCGGUCGAUGCUGAAGUGGCCAUCUUGAAGCAGCAGGUCGAGUUUCGACGGGCGCAAAUCAAGCUCAAGAUGAAAAAGAAGAAGGAAGCGCAGUAUGAAAUCGCUCAAGAGGCGCUCCAAGCCGAGAAGCAGAGCGUCGAAGAGGAGCUCAAAAACGCCCAAGAGCAAGCGCAAGUCAACAUUGCCGCCUACAAGAAGAAGCAGUCGAAAUACAAGGCCAAACUGGAAGCGGCCAAGGAAGAGAUGGCCGACAUGCACAAGGAAUUCGAGCGCGAACGAGAUAGCUUGAUGGACACGAUCCAUCAGCAAACGCGCGAAGUGAAACUCAUGGAACAGCUCGUCGAGUUAUUUCUCCCUCAGAACGAGCUAAUCAAAGUGUGGGAAAAAGCUGUGUGGCUCGACGACAAGGAAGAAUGGCAACUUCCACGCAUCAAGCCGCGGGGAGAUUUCACCAACAUGAAGCUGCCGUCGCUUGGAGGGGGCGGUGGCGGUGGGUCUGCUGCUGGCUACGCUCCGAUCGACCGGCCGUUUAGUGGCGGCGAAACGGGUGGGGCCGAAGUGUGCGGGGCAGACACCCCUAUGAGUAAUCGGUCCACCAAAUCGCGGAGUAAAACGCGUGGAAAAAUCGAUGCUAUUUCCAGUCGAGGGGAGGACCACGGCAUGGAAUUGCUUCCGCUCAACGACGUGAAAACCAAACUGCCGAGCGCGUCAUCUAAGAGCUCGCGCCGAGACAAGCCCGGCGACGCUACUGACGGCACAGUCAAGAAAUCCUCCGCGUCAUCAUCGGCUUCGUCGAGGAAGAAAGACAAGAAGAAAAAGGACAAGCAGUCGCGCGACGACACGCUGCAAAACAACCUCGACAGCCUCGGCAAUUCCCUCGAACCUUUGGUUCACACGGACGAAUCGUCCGCCCCCCUCGACCAACUCGUGUGUCCUGUGGACAUGGACUACCAGCCUCGGGACCGUCUGCAGUCGCGGCAAGGCUCGAGACAAGGCCGACGGGUUGCCGACACGAAAUCGUCAGGGUUGGGGGAGACCGAAGACCCCCCUGCAUCUCGCCGCCGUCGCAAGUCGUCGCACAAAGACGAAAGUUCCGUCGAUGCGGUGGAAGCAAAGCAGAAGAAAAAGAAGAAGCGCGACAAGGAUCGAAGCAAAGUCCAAACGCCCCCGGUCUCCGCGCCUUCGUUGGACGUCAACAACCUCCUCGCCCACUCCGUCGCGGCGCCGUCCCCCGAAGACCCCGACGGCAACGACGACAUGUGGGAGGACUUCCCUUAAGUUAUUCACCCGUAACAAGCAAACCAACGAUACUAUUUUUAAGUCGAC